GUGAGGUACAACAACAAAUGAGAUCCAUCAAUGAGAUCCAAAACAACAAAUUAAUGGAAGAAAAUGAAAAGCUAAAGGAAUCUGUAAACCAACAAAAGCAACAAAUUGAGGAACUGACAACAAGAUUGAGCAGAUAUGCCAGUCAGCAAUUAACGCAAGGAAACCCAAAUAUAGCUGACCUUAGUGAUAAGAAUAGGCCAACUAAAAUUGGAGAAAAGUUUGCCUUAGUGUAUGAUGACCAAUGGUCAGAAGCCUUUGAAGCAUUAAAAGAAGAAGGAAAGACAGAAGAGACUGUAGUCACAGAGCUAGCUAAUUUAGUCCAGGAAUGCUACAAAUUUUCUGAUGAGACUAAAGAUAAAAUGAGACACGAGUUGAUGAAAAGAACAGCCGAGGUGAUCAGAAACCCAUUGCCAUCAUCACUGUCGAUUGCAGAAGAACUGAAAGAUGUCCAGUUAACAGGGUCAAAUGCCAUUUUAAAUGACCUUUUGAAAAAAUAUGGAGAACAGUCAGUCAAAUCUCUUAAAAUGGCUUACAAAAGUCGACUUUUUCUUAAUUAUCUAGGCAUUCAGAAACAGAAGGAGGGCUACACACGUGAUAAAAGACUUACUGAUUAUCUAGACAUUCUGGUUGAACUCACGUGGAACAUGGUCCUACAGGAUCCGCCAAUGGCCCUAAAUUUUGCUAAAAACGGAGACAAAAUCGACGAGAAGUCAUUCAAACACUACAGCAAGAAAGGCAAUAUCGUGCUCCUUUGUGUCUGGCCGGCUUUACAUCUGUAUAAUGGAGGAAAUCGUAUCGAAAGGCUUUAUCCUUCCUCAGUAAUGGGCUGCCAAUAG